CUUUUUAAUUGUGAAAUUAGACGAUAAGUGAAAUAGUGGAUUUUUCGAAAUGCCCUAUCCUUCCUCGCCUUUCGCGGAGAAUAUAAAUGGUUUAAUUUUGGAAAAUCAAUCCAAGCAUAAAACGAAUAACGAAAACGAAAAGAUUCAAAAUGAACUGUACUUGAAGGAAUUGUUGGGGUGGCUUUGCACAUCUCCGCAACUUACAUCGAUUAGGGUUAACAAGAGCGCUUUUAAACUCGAAGAUAUACGAAAAUUGGUGGAAAAGAUUGUCGACAAGGGAAAAGUAGAAGUUCACCCUAAUUUCCCCGACCUUCUUCUGCUGCAUCACCCUGAUAAGGCCUCGUGCCCCCACUUGGUAAAGGAAUCGAAUGAAGUUGUGGUGGACGUAAACGGUGCCACUGCAAUUUUACGUGGUGCCCAUGUAUUCGCGCCUGGAGUAAUUGGUAUGCUGCAAGGGGCCAAAGUAAACGACAGAGUUAGUAUAUUUGCAGACAUCGAGGGGAAAUGUAAGAAGGGUUUCGCCACGGUAUACCAAUCACCUGGGAAAUUGUUCAUUGCAAAUGGUACAAUUAAAAUGAAUAGAGAGCAAUUAUUUGGGUUAAAUUUGGUACCCUCGGGAAUCGCAAUCGAAGUCACCGAGAGAAUUUCUCAUUGCCCGAGUAUAAACGAAUCUCUGUUCCCAGUGGGUUCCACGCUCUUACAAAACAUACCCUCAGUUAUAUGCGUUCACGCUUUGAAAGUACGACCGGAAUUAACGAUUUUAGACAUGUGCGCCGCACCUGGCAAUAAAACAACACACAUAUCAACUUUAAUGCAACAUAAAGGAAUUUUAGUGGCGGUGGAUAAAACACCCUCCAAGGUAAAGCGACUAGAAGAAACGUGCAGGAGGUACGGUGCUAACGCGUUAGUUUUCCAAGCGGAUGCCACGAAGAUUUUAGUGACUGAUGGGCAUGACGCAGAUGUUUCGAGAGGGCCUCCAUUUCAAACUGAAACUUUUGACAGAAUCCUGCUGGAUGUCCCAUGUAGUGCUUUAGGUAAACGGCCGCAAUUGUCGAGUCGUGUGACGGAGGCGGUCCUGAAAUCGUACGUUCCUCUUCAGCGCAAACUAUUUCAUACGGCUGUUCCCUUGCUGAAAAAGGACGGCUACUUGGUGUACAGUACUUGCACGAUUACCUUGGCGGAAAACGAAGCAAUGGUCGCGUGGGCAUUAAGGACAUUCGGAGAUUUACGAUUAGUAAAACCUGAUCCUACCUUAGGCGGACCAGGCCUCUUUGGAACCACUCUCUCCGAAACCGAACGUUUGUAUGUACAGCGAUUUGGGCCAAAUAAUGUAGAUUCGGUUGGUUUUUUUUAUGCGCUCUUUAUUAAAGUAUAGAAC